GUUCUGGCCAAUGCGACACGAGCGCGACAAGAAGGGUUUCUGCUGCGGGAGGACCGGAGUGAGAACUGCUGCUUCGCGUGGCUGCAGCGGCCAAUAAGCGUGGCGUGGAAGAGACCAUGAAGCUGAACAUCGACGGCCUGCUGGUGUACUUCCCCUAUGACUACAUCUACCCGGAGCAGUAUUCCUACAUGCUGGAGCUCAAGAGGACCUUGGACGCCAAGCGUGAACCCGGAGCCACGGCCUGUUCUCCCCCCGCUCCCGGAGUAGAACGGCGGGGGACGCGUGGCGUGGCGUGGCUGGCAACACGCGGCUGUGAAGGGCCCCGCCUGUUUCUCCCGCAGGGUCACGGCGUGCUGGAAAUGCCCUCAGGCACUGGAAAGACCAUCUCCCUCUUGUCCCUGAUCGUGGCCUACCAGCGCGCUCACCCUCUGGAUGUCACAAAACUCAUUUACUGCUCCAGAACUGUGCCUGAGAUUGAGAAGGUCAUUGAGGAACUGAGGAAGCUUCUGGACUUCCAUGAGAAGCAAAUGCGAGAGAAGCUGCCCUUCCUGGGCCUGGCGCUCAGCUCCAGGAAGAACCUGUGCAUCCACCCAGAGGUGAGUGCCUUCCGCUUCGGGAAGGAGGUGGACGGGAAGUGCUUCAGCCUGACGGCCUCGUACGUGCGAGCGCAGCGCCAGCAGGACAGCAGCGUCCCUUCGUGCAGCUUCUUUGAGGAGUUUGAUGCCCACGGCCGGCAGGUGCCUCUCCCGUACGGCGUGUACAACCUGGACAACCUGAAGGCCUUCGGGCGGCAGAAGGGCUGGUGCCCCUACUUCCUCGCCCGAUACGCGCUCCUGCACGCCAACAUAGUGGUGUACAGCUACCACUAUCUCCUGGAUCCCAAGAUCGCCGACAUGGUCUCCAAGGAGCUGGCCAAGAGAUCCGUGGUCGUCUUCGACGAGGCUCACAAUAUUGACAAUGUCUGCAUUGAUUCCAUGGGUGUCAACAUCACGCGCAAGAUGCUGGAUCGUUGCCAGGGCAACGUGGCCACUCUGCAAGCCACCAUCCAGAAGAUCAAGGAGACGGAUGCGGAGAAGCUGAAGGAGGAGUACAGGCGCCUGGUGGAGGGGCUGCGGGAGGCCAACAUCGCCCGGGAAACUGACGUCUACCUGGCCAACCCGGUGCUGCCGGACGAGGUCCUCCGAGAGUCCGUGCCGGGCAACAUCCGGACCGCGGAGCACUUCGUGGGCUUCCUGAAGCGCUUCCUGGAGUACCUGAAGUCUCGGCUGCGGGUGCAUCACGUGGUCCAGGAGAGCCCCCCGUCUUUUCUGAAGGACGUCUUCGAAAAGGUCUGCAUCGAGCGCAAGCCCCUCCGGUUCUGUGCCGAGCGGCUGCACUCCCUCCUUCGCACGCUGGAGAUUUCCGACAUCGCCGACUUCUCCCCCAUCACCCUGAUCGCCAACUUCGCCACGCUGGUCAGCACGUACUCCAAGGGUUUUACCAUCAUCAUCGAGCCCUUUGAUGAGCGGACCCCCACCAUCACCAACCCGGUCCUGCACUUCAGCUGCAUGGACGCCUCCAUCGCCAUCAAGCCGGUCUUCGAGCGCUUCCAGUCCGUCAUCAUCACCUCGGGAACGCUCUCCCCGCUGGACAUCUAUCCCAAGAUCCUGGACUUCCGGCCGGUGACCAUGGCCACGUUCACGAUGACUCUGGCCAGGACCUGCCUGUGCCCCAUGGUGGUGGGGCGUGGGAAUGACCAGGUGGCCAUCAGCUCCAAGUUCGAGACGCGGGAAGAUAUCGCGGUGAUCCGGAAUUACGGCAACCUGCUGCUGGAGAUGUCCGCCAUCGUCCCGGACGGCAUCGUGGCCUUCUUCACCAGCUACCAGUACAUGGAGAACAUCGUCGCCUCGUGGUACGAGCAGGGGAUCUUGGAGAACAUUCAGCGCAACAAGCUCAUCUUCAUAGAGACGCAGGAUGGCGCCGAGACGAGCGUGGCGCUGGAGAAGUACCAGGAGGCCUGCGAGAACGGCCGGGGAGCCAUCCUGCUGUCCGUGGCCCGGGGGAAGGUCUCGGAGGGCAUCGACUUUGUGCACCACUACGGGAGAGCCGUGAUCAUGUUCGGGGUGCCCUACGUCUACACGCAGAGCCGCAUCCUGAAGGUGAGCCGGGCCCGUCUGCCGCCUCCGCCUCCUCGGCCGAUCUCCUCGGCACAGGCCUUGCAAGCCGGAGAGCACCGCCUGCCUGCGCCGUGCAGAUCCCCAGGGCCUGGCAGGCACAGCAGCCGCCUCGUUGCCUGGAGAAGCUCCCCCGGGGCCUUUCCCCAGCUCCCUGGCUCCGCUGCAGGAGGGCUGCCCUGCAGGGGGCAAAGGGGGGAGCCCUCGUGCUGGGGGGCAGGUGGUCCCUUCCGGGCGCAACGGCUUGGGCCGCUUCCCAGAGGCAGGCCUGGGAAACGAGCUUCGGCGCCUGCUCUGGCCGGCCCUGCCCGGCAGCCCUUCCCGCCACGCAGCCGGCCUCCCGGAGGGGCUGCAGGCUGGACUGGCAGGCUUAAUCCCCGCGCUGGCAGCCAGCCAGGAAGGCCCAGCCCCGAGAGCCACUCGUCGGCGCUUCCCGGCCGCAGCGGAGCCUCUGGGCACGUGGGGAGCAGCCUGUGGGUCGCGGCCGUCCACUGGCCUGCAGCCUUUUCGGGAGGGGCUGGCUCCCCCCAAGGCCCUAGGGGCGCCCCCAGGGGCAUCUGGCCAGCCGUGCUUUCCCAGGGCAGAGUCCUGGCUAGCAGCCUUCCCCGGAGCCUGGUCCCAGGCGGGAAGGUGCGUUGGGCAGCUCCAGCCGGGCUCUUCUGGGCGUGAGCUCUCCUGCCUCCGGCUGCCCGGCCCCUCCUUGCCUGGGGGCCUGCAAGGCACGCCUGCCCCCUUCUCCCAGCCUGGAACACCAGGAAGCAACGCCGGCUCUUCCAGGGCAGGGCAGGGGGCAGUGAUAGCACACCCAAGUGGCCCUUAGAAGGACGGGGGGGGGGCAGGAGGUGCGCCCUCCGCCGCGGCCCCCCAGCCCCCGAAAGCCUCGCAGCCCGGCUGC